CCACACCCACCCUCCCGGAUUUCGAUUUUGCGCGUAUACAUUCGACCGCCGCCGCAGAGAUCGAGAGCUACUGAGUUGAACUGCAGCACACAGCUAGAGGGAAAAAAUCAAGAUGCCUGUUACCUUUUACUACACGAGCGUCACUGGGAACCUGGAGAUAAAGAAACAACAACAGAAGAUUGAUAUGACUCUGACUUCAAAAAAGAUCGAGUUCGAGAAAGUCGACGUGGCAGCUAGCGAAGACGCCAAGAAGAAGAUGAGGGAGAUUGCAGGCAACCCAACUGCCCUUCCUCCACAGUUGUGCAAUGGAGACCAAUACUGUGGCGGCUUCGAUGCUUUUGAAGAGGCAGUUGAAGCAGAAGAAUUGAACCAGUUUUUGAAGUUGUGAGCUUGCUGCACAUUUUGACAAUCACUACAUAAGCACUAGUGAUAAUAUUGUAGAAUGAAUGGAAAAAACAUUUUUAGACGUAGUUUUUUCUCUAAUCACAAAUCACAUGUCAAAUUCAUGGUUCUGAUGUUGACAUUAUUAAUUGAUACAUAAAAGCAGACAAAUAAUUAAUUUCAUACCUACCAUUCGGACGUCAUCAUGCGAGAUAUAUAAACUUGUUUCUGUCGCUGCCGUCUCGUUUCAUGUACUUGUGUUCUAUAAGCCACUCUAUCUGCUCCUUUAUCAUCUUCUUGGGCGGAAUAAACAUGUUUUUCAGGAUUUCGACCAGUUCUGUCUGCAGUGCAGCAUUCGUCAUCCGUUUUCGCAUCUUCAGGAUUUUGACUAUCGCCUCCUGAGAAGAACCAACACAACAAGUAAUUCUAGAACCCUAAGAGUUGCAUACAGGUG